AUGGUCAAGUUUACACUUUGGGACGACUACCAGCGGGCCGUUCAUGAACUCUACGCACAAGCGCCUUUCAGGGCAAUGCUCAAGGUUAGCGAUGGUCCAAAAUCUCUUAAAUUCAAGACUGACAAGAUGCAAGAUCUCAACAAGUUUGAAAAACUAAACCGAUCACUCAUGGCAAUGAUGCAGCAAAAUCCGAUUGAUCUAGAUAAAGUGGAAGCAGAAAAGUUGGAAAUGCAAACAUCAGGGACAACUGCCACUGCCAAGGGACAGAAGUCGACCAAGAAAGGAAAAGGGAAGAAGAAAUAA